AUGCGUGAAAUGUUUCGACACCAUGAUAAGGAUUUGAGUGGAUUUAUCAGUAAAGAAGAUGUGAUGUGCAUGCUACUUGCUGCAGAUAAAGGUGAAAAGAGAGACCCAAUUUUUAAAACAAAUCUGAGAUUUCUAAUCAAUUUGAUCAAUAGCGCGGAUAAGAAUGGCGAUGAUAAAAUAACUUUUGAAGGUAUUAUUUUCAAUUCAUACUAG